AUGGUUUUAUUGACAUUAGUGGGUGUCUGCACAGACAGUGAAGUUUGCCUGCAUGGGGUAACUUCUAUAUUACAGAAAAUUAAUUUACCCACAUUUCUAGUGACUGGACCUCAGAACAUCAGGCCUGGUGCAAAUGUGACUAUCGUGGUAGCUCUGCUGACAGAUAGCCCUCCACAAGUCACAGUGAGAGCUGAAGUGCUCAGAGGGAAUGAUACUGUGCUACAAGGGGAAGUUACCUUUGAAAAAGGUUCCAUUGGAACUCUUGUUCUUCCAGCACUGCCUUUGAACAGCAGGGAUGGCAGUUACAAGUUACUGGUGAAAGGCCAUGCCAAUGACCGGCUGUUAUUCUCUAACAGCACCAGCCUGUUAUUUGAGCACAAGAGUAUCUCUGUCUUCAUCCAGACUGACAAGUCUCUGUAUAAACCAGGCCAAGAAGUGAAGUUUCGGAUUGUCACUGUUGAUCCUGAUCUCAAACCCUUCAAAAUUUCUCUAAGCAUAUACAUCCGGGACCCUCGAGGGAAUUUGAUACAACAAUGGUUGGCAGAAAAAGGUGAUUUGGGUGUGCUUUCCAGAAAAUUUCAAUUAUCAACAAGUCCUGUACUUGGAGACUGGUCCAUACAAGUGCAAGUCAAUGAUCAAACCCAUUAUCAAAGAUUUACUGUGAUGGAAUAUGUGUUACCAAAAUUUGAAGUUACUUUAACAACAUCAUUAUACUAUCCUUUGAAAGAGAAAGAAUUUACUGGUACUGUCACUGCAAAGUAUACUUAUGGAAAGCCAGUGAGAGGAAGUGUAACAGUCACCUGCAUUCCUGUGUCCUAUUGGGGGAGCAAGAGAAAUGUUACUAAAACACUGGAGAUAAAUGGGUCUGUGAACUUCACUUUUGACUACUUCAAGUUUGAAAACUUAAGUCCGACUCAAAAUGGAGAGUAUCAGCAUGACAUAGUUUACAGAGGGCCAACGGAAAUUAUAGCUGUAGUUAGAGAAUCACUUACAGGAAUCACCCAGAAUGCAAGCACCACUGUGUUUCCAAAGCAGAAUAACUACAUCCUUGAAUUUUCUGAUUAUGCUAGAGCUCUAAAGCCUUCUCUAAACUUCACAGCUACUCUAAAAGUGACACGUCCUGACAACAAUCAGCUGACGGCCGAAGAGAGACAAAAUUAUGUCACAAUCAUUGCAGAACAGUCGGACACAGUUCCUCACCAUGCUAUGUUUUCUAAGUAUGAAAAUGAAGCUAGGCAGCAGAGAAAUGAGACAGUGCUUUUCUUAAAUUACACUGUCCCGGAAAAUGGAAUCAUCUACAUUGAAGUCCCAGUUCUGGCUAAUACGAUGAGUCUGCUCGUUAAGGCUGGUUUUCUUGACAGUGACACUAAUAUAGCAAUUAAUGAUGUAUUCAACUCCCCCAAUAUGACUUACCUCCAGAUAAAAAAACCAAGACAAGAUGUAAAGGUGGGGAUUCCUUUUGAGCUGAGUGUUGCAAGCAAUAAGCCAAUAAAGGAGAUCAGUUAUCUGGUGAUAGCUAAAGAACAGAUUGUGGCUGUAGGCACAGAGGUUUUGACAACUUUCACUUUAAAGCCAGAAAAUUCCUGGGUUCCUGUGGCAUGCAUAAAUAUCUUCUACAUUGAUGAGAAUGGGGAAGUUGUAAAUGAUGCCCUGGCUCUGUCUGUUCAGCCUGCCCUUGAAAACAAGAUCAAAAUAUCUUGGAGUAAAGAUAAAGUCAAUCCAUCUGAGAAAGUCUCCCUUAAAAUCAGUGUAACCGAACCCAGAUCUGUAAUUGGACUUUCAGUUGUUGACAAAAGCACAAAGCUCCUGGAAGAAAGUAGUGAUAUUACAGAAGACACUAUACUCCACGAAUUACGUUUGUACAACACAGAACAAUAUUUUGACUCAAUCGGCAGUCCUUUCAGUGUCUUUCAGAAAUGCAACCUUUGGGUACUGACUGAUGCAAACCUUCCAGAGGACAGGAAUAGUGUUCUCUAUGAUAAGAUGAUACUCUACGAUACAGUUUUCGAUGACUAUUUAGCAGGAGGAUUUCCUGCUUUCAGUAGUCCACAUGUAAGGAAAAACUUCCCGGAGACUUGGCUUUGGAUUGACACCAAUACUAGAUCCAGCAGAGACACAACAAUAGAAGUUACUGUACCUGACACCAUCACUUCUUGGGUAGCCAAUGCUUUUGUAAUAUCUGAAAACCUUGGACUUGGAAUUACAACUGCUCCUGUUGAGUUAGAAGCUUUUCAACCCUUUUUUAUUUCCUUGAACCUUCCUUACUCGGUUACCAGAGGAGAGCAGUUUAUUUUGGAAGUAAACAUCUUCAAUUAUUUGAAAGAAAGAAUCAAGGUUAUGGUGACUCUUGACCUCAGUGAUACAUUUGAAAUUCUGAUCACGUCCAAUGAAAUAAAUGCUACGGGAAACCAACAAUCUGUAUUGGUAGAAAGUGAAGAUGCAAAGACUGUUAAUUUCCCAAUCAAACCAAAACAGCUGGGAGAGAUUCCUAUUAAAGUGAUAGCAAUAUCACCCACUGCUUCAGAUGCCAUCCUCCAGAAAGUUUUAGUUAAGGCUGAGGGACUGGAACAGUCUUAUUCACAGACACGUCUUUUAGAUUUGACUGAGAAUAACCCACAAACUGUAUCAGAAACUCUGAAUUUCACCUUCCCUCCUGAUGUUGUAAGUGGCAGUGAAAGAGUGAAAAUCACUGUUAUUGGUGAUAUUCUUGGGCCUUCUAUCAAUGGCUUGGAAUCACUGAUUAAGAUGCCUUAUGGCUGUGGUGAACAGAACAUGAUAAUUUUUGCUCCUAAUAUUUAUGUUAUGGAAUACCUGACUAACACAAGGCAAUUGAAGGAAGAUAUUAAACGGAAAGCUACAUCAUUUAUGAGAGAAGGCUACCAAAGAGAGCUUCUCUACCAAAGGAAUGAUGGCUCUUUCAGUGCUUUUGGAAACAGUGAUUCCUCUGGGAGUACAUGGUUAUCAGCUUUUGUGUUACGAUGUUUCCUUCAAGCUCGUCCAUUCAUAGACAUUGAUCCAUAUGUGCUGCGGAAAACAGCUGACUGGAUUCUCAAACAUCAGAAACGUAAUGGCGAAUUCUGGGAGCCUGGAAAAGUGAUACACAGCGAACUUCAAGGAGGCAGUAAUAGUCUAGUCACUCUCACAGCUUACAUUCUGACAGCUUUAUUAGGGUACCAAAAUGCAGAGGAUGCUUUUGCUGUAACAAAUGCUGUAAACUUCUUGGAAACUAAAUUAGAAGAAGGAGUUUCAGAUAACUAUACGUUGGCACUUGUGACAUAUGCAUUGUCAUUGGCAAAGAGUGUAAAAGCAAAGGAAGCCCUGGAUGCACUAAACCAGAGAUCAGAGCAGCAAGGAGACCUUCGAUUCUGGACCUCUCCAGCCCCUGAACUCUCUGACUCAUGGCAGCCACGCUCUGUAGACAUUGAACUUGCAGCCUAUGCCCUGCUCUCUCACUUUCAGCAAGAUAGACUAUCAGAGGGGAUCCCUAUUAUGAAAUGGUUAAGUCAGCAAAGAAACCAUCUUGGAGGUUAUUCAUCUACUCAGGACACCAUUGUGGCCCUGCAAGCCUUGAGUAUAUUUGGAGCUCUCAUUACUUCCAGAAAAACAGGAAUUGAUCUAACAGUGAUUGGACCUAGUCUGGAAGCUCCAGCAAUGUUUUCAAUUGAUCCUCAAAACCGUUUUCUUCUUCAGACCAAAGAGAUUACACCUAUGCAACCGACAGCCAUUACAGUUUCAGCAAAGGGCGUUGGGUUUGCCAUCUUUCAGCUCAACAUUAUUUACAAUGUGAAACAUUCAGCCACUGAUAGAAGGCGCAGAUCUGUCCAAAGUCAAGAAGCUUUUGACUUAGAUGUUGUCGUAAAAGAUGACAAAAAUGACAUAAACCAUUUGACCUUAAAUGUAUGUACAAGGUACUCAGGGACUGGUGCAUCUUCCAAGAAUGGCAUGGUCCUCAUGGAGGUUGGCUUACUUAGUGGCUUCUCUGUAUCACCAGAUUUCUUUUCAUUCAAUGAUCCAGUUAAGAAAGUGGAAAAGGACAAUGGGAAAGUCAACCUAUACUUAGACUCUGUAAAUGAAACACAGGUUCAGUUUGCUUUUGUCUGACUUUUUGUAGCUUUGUUUUUCAGAAACAACACAAAUUUUAAAGAGUUCUUAGCUGUGUAAAGACCAACACUAAGAUACAUCACCCAUGCUGCAUUCUUUCAUGAAAAGUGUCAUGAUCAGUCUGUGAACAGUCCUUUUUAUGUACAGCAGGGACAGCAUUAAAAAAAUCCAAAUUUUCCUCCACACUAAAGCAUAUUGAAGGGAGGCAUGAACAUGUAAUUUGACAUGUAAAAUAGAAUAUUGACUCUGAGGGGGUAUGGAUCUGUACAUUCCAUUGACAAGAAUGAUAUCACUGGAUCACUUUCUAAUUAUAGCUAAUAUCUUUCGUUGUGCCUCAGAAUCAUGGGAUAAUUUUGAAAGUAUUCUGAUUUUAUAUCUUAUCUUUGCAGUAGAUGAAUUGGAGGAAAACACAAUAGAGGACUCUACACUUCUCCAUUGUGUAUAGGAACCUGUAUAAAAUUGUUCAAGACACACAUUUCUUCCAGUACUCUGGGAAGUCUAUUCAGCUAUAGGACUUGACCCUUCUCCCACAGAAGCUAAUAGGAGAUUUGGCCAUACCCUUCAACUAGAGCCAGAUCAAGUCCUUAAAGAGCACUGUUAAAACAAUGCUUUUGAACAGCAGUCUUGUGCAUUGUCUGAUAGUUGCUAUGUAUUUGAAAAACAUUGUUUGUUUCAGUAUUCUUUGAUGUUCUCAAUGCCCUCCUCAACAAUGCACUAUUGAUGCCUAGUCUCUAGGCUCAUUAUUAUUUGUCUAACCACAAGAAAUCACCAUAUAUAUGAUACGAUUCAAAGUAAAAAUACAAUGUAAUUAAAGCAUUUGAGGCCAAAUUCUACCUUCACUUUCAUCCAUACAAUCUCACUAUAGGCAGUACAGCUUCAUGGUGUUAACUGAGGGAAGAUAUUGAACCUACAUGUUGAAAUUCUGUAUGUAUCUAAAUCUGAAGGCCUGUAUGUGAUGGAUUAUAUCAUUGUGAAACACUAGGCAAUGUUUGCCCUUAGCUUUGAGUACUUUAUCAUAAGUAUACCUGGACUGUGGAGUUUGCACAGUUCUAUUUCCAGGGUUCCCAGCCAGGACCCCCACUACAGAUUCUAUAGUUUGCCAGAUUGCAAUGUAUAGAGCUCUUUGAUAGACCUUGUACUAGAGAUGGAGAUCUAGUGGGAAGGUGCAAUUUUGAAAAGUGCCUAACAGCUGCUGAUUUCCUUUGGGACUUGGACUCCAAAGUGACGUAUGAAAAUGGAGCUUAUGCUCCUCAAUCAUUUUUAAAAACAUUUCAAAGUUUUACUGCUUUAACUUAAAUGGAUUUAGACAGGUUCAAGAAUCUGAAUGUGUAUAAGGAUUGUCUCUUUAGAAUAUGUAAUAUAUUAAAAUGAGAAUAAUAAAUAUAGUUUUAAUUUGCAGAAUAUGUAAAAUGAGAGCAAUGUUUGCAAAGGGUUGACUGUACGAAAGCCUAAAAUCACUAAGGUCAUUGAUGGCUAGUUUGCUCCUGUGUCUAUUUCAAAAUCAAAGAAGAGAAGUCAAGUUCACCCUUAUUAGUAUUGUGCUUAAUUUGGCCGUCAUCAUCAUGUAUUCUUUUAUAAUGUCACCGUCACAUUUUCUACAGGUACUGUUUCCUUUUAUACAGGCUCCUGUACUACUUUUGUUUUUCUCCUCUCAGUUUUUCAUGAUGGUAGAAGAGUUAUUAACUAUCACACUAUGGAAAAGAAAGCAAUGACCUUCUUAUAACCAUUUUAAGCUGUAGAAUUUAAUAGAGAAUUAUAUCCCUAUUAAAUAAUUUAUAUAGGAUGGUUCAAAAACACAUGGAAAGGAUUUUACUUGGUAGUCAAUUUAGUUUUGUAGAUUUAUAAUUUCUAGAGAAGCCUAUUUUAAUCUAUAUUAAAUUAUAUAGCGCUUACCCAUUGCUCUGAUGUCAAGGUUUUCAAGAAAUAUAUAUCCUCAGUAAUUUAUGGAUGAGAACACAAUAGCAGUUAUUGUCUACUUGAUCCAUUCCCUUAUUAGUUUCUUACCACAGAGGGGAACUACAGUAUUAGGCACUAUAUGUUUGAUUUCUACAGUUCUUCUUAGAGCAAGUUUAUUCUGGUUUUGUAUGCCAUUUUGCAACAUUAUUGCACUAUUAUUAUUUUAUGCAAUGAAGUCUGAUAGCUUUAGUGUAUCUGACCAUUCUGAAUACCUUAUCCUUUCUUGUUGCCAAUAUUUCUGAUAUGUAAAAGUGUUAAUUUGUAACUGUACAGUGAAAUACUACAUAUGUAUAACCAGUUGCUGAACAAGAAGCCUCUUUAGUUUUACAUAAUGCAUUUGUUUUGAUAUUUCUGGGUACUCACACAAAAUCUUAAUUAAAGCUCAUAUCUUAUGCCUUUUCUUAUGCAUCAAUUUUUUUGGUGUUUUAAGGUGAAUUUUAUGCUAAUGUAAAUAAGGAAAUAAAAGCAUUGGUUUAAAGCAGAUGUGCUACUUUGCUGCAGCACAGCAGUCCUAGUCUAGCGAAUCUCUGCUGAUUUAUGUCUUGAGGCCUUAGCCAAUUGUGCCAGAAUUCAGUGCUGUAACAAGGUAUUUUUGCGCCAGGACAAAAUAUUAAUUUUGCACCCUCUCUCCUUAGGUUAGCAUGUGUCACGCUCUUUACUUUUUCUGCUUAUUAUUUUUACUUAUUGCAUCUUUGCACCCCUGAUUACGACGCACCCAGGGCAAGCACCCAGCUUGCGGAGCUCUUGUUACGGACCUGCCAGAAUUCUUCUUGCUUCGAGAUAUGGGCAAGUAUCUGCUUUGAUUUAGACUGAGGUCAUCAUGAAUCUUUUCAAUUCUAAUUAAAUCACAGAUUUCUAAAAAAAAAAAAAUCUUUUUAUUCUAACUACUGUGCAACAGAUUGCAGCCAGUUGGUUGUCCAAAAGUAUAAGUUCUUUAUUGUGAAUGUUACGGGAUUAAAUACAGACUAGUCUAUGUAAGAAUUUGAGAUUAAAUGUGCUUUAUUUUUAUUCAGAUACAAGUUGUGAUGCCCAUUUGAAAUUCUA